AUGGAUGUGGGCAGCAAAGAGGUCUUGAUUGAGAGCCCGCCGGACUACUCAGCAGUCCCCGGGAGCCGGCUCCGCAUCCCCUGCUGUCCCGUGAACAUCAAACGCCUUCUCAUCGUGGUCGUGGUUGUGGUCCUUGUCGUCGUGGUGGUCGUAGGGGCCCUGCUCAUGGGUCUUCACAUGAGCCAGAAACAUACGGAGAUGGUUCUAGAGAUGAGCAUCGCAGGCCCGGAGGCACAGCAGCGCCUGGCCCUGAGUGAGCGUUUGGGAACCUCCGCCACUUUCUCCAUUGGCUCCGCUGGCACCGUGGUGUAUGACUACCAGCGGCUCCUGAUUGCCUACAAGCCAGCCCCCGGAACCUGCUGCUACAUCAUGAAGGUGGCUCCGCAGAGCAUCCCGAGUCUCGAGGCUCUCACUAAAAAAUUGCAGAAUCUCCAGGCCAAGCCUCCAGCGCCUUCCUCGAAGCUGGGCCCGGAGCAGGGCCGUGAUGCCGGCUCAGCAUUCCCUGGGGACCUGGCCUUCCUGGGCAGGACCGUGAGCACCCUGUGUGGCGAGGUGCCCAUGUACUACAUGUAG